GAAAGAUGUUUUCACAUUCAACUGCUGAAAGUUGAAAGUUUCUCUGUGCUAAUUGAAAAUCAGAUUUUUAAGGGGUGGAGCCUACAAACAUGAUUAGUCACAUCACUAAUAGUUUGGAAGUCAAACCUGGCCCAGUACAGGGACGCUAGAAGUCAGUCAGAGUUGAGGGUGCUGUAAGAAAGUCUGUAUAUAUAAUGACGUCAUACUAAAUGCUAAAUGCACAACAUUCUUUUUUCAUUUUUGCAUAAAUCUGAAUGGCUGGGAUAAACUAUUUAAUGGUUAUUAAUAACACUCACAUUUUACAACUUUUUAGUGGAUAAAACGGAGACAAAAACAAGGUAAAACCUCUUUCCUGCUGUAAAUACCACUGUACACAUGUAAAUCCCAGUACAAAGGGACAAGGAUUGCCAGAUUUUAGGUGGUUGUGCAGUCCCCUCAGCACCCACAUACACCUUAUGGUCCAGUAUGCAACUUCUACAGUUUGAUGUAGACAUUUUAAGCCACCAGUGCACAUACACUGAGAAUGGACUUGACAGUGAAGUAAGAGAUAUCUUGUAAUCUUGGAAAACUUUAGAAAAUAAAAAACAUUUGCAUAUUCAUAGAUUGUAGAAUUUUUAAGGGAGUAGAUGCCUUUUUAAGGAUUUUACAAUUAUACUUUGUUUGCAGAAGAAACAUAUGAGACACACAUUAGUGUUCCAUCAGACUAGUUAUAUAUAUGUCUUAAUACAUGGCUGGUGGGUAUCUCUAAUGACAAUGGGCAACUGUGGUUAAGAAGGUAGAGACGGCCGUUGACUAAUCACAGGAUUUACAUUUUGAUCCCCAGCUCUUUGUCUUUGGCCAAAACACUGAAACCCAAAUGACUCCUGAUGGUCCAGCCAGUACCUUGCAUGGUAGCUUGCUGCCAUUGGUGUUUGCUUAAGUGAAUGAGAAGCAAAAUCUUAAGCACUAUAUAAGUGCAGCCAUUUUGUAUUUAAACACAUUUAAAAAUACAAGUACAGCAUUUUUUGAUUUUAUCAUCUUUUAUCUCAGUUGCCCUCAUUUGCCAGUGGAAAUGUAUUACAACUGAAUAAACAAGCAUGAGCCACGGGUGAUGUCAGUGAGAACACUGACAUCACCCGUGGCUCAUGAGAUUAAACGUAAUAAGCUGCUUUAGGUUGAGAAUAGAAACAAUAAGAAGUGGAGCAGUCUGAGACGUACAGACAGUGUGGACAGUGUGGUAAGGUAGCAGCUGCUCACAGACUGUCGGUCUGCCUGUAUUCUUCAUAAUUGACACCUAAAGGUCUGAUAGCACUCACCAAGACUUGAACCAAAAAGUUAAUGUGAAACUGUUUUGGAUUUAAGAAUGAGCAAGAGGGGGAGGAGAAGAAACAGCAGAAGAAAGAGCUCCAGCAGCAGUAAACAGAGUGUGUCACCAUACAUCUUUCAAAAGCAGAACAAAAGCAACAGUGUCAGCUACAAAGAUGAUAUUGUUGAAAAGGGUGAAACAGAUUCUCUUCGAAAGGAAAAUGUUCUGUCAGGAUCUGAAGAUGAGGAGAAAUACAACAAUGCUCCACCAAAGGAGAAAAGAUUUAAACAAGAUUAUUGUGUGAAUUCAUUUCCAAACCAAAGGAGUAUUUAUACAAAAACUACAGAGGACAAAAAGAAGGGAGUGAAGAUAGUAACGUCAGUGUCAGUCAGUGACAUGGAGGAUUCAUCUCCAAAGAUCAUGUUUCAGCAGUCACAUGAACCCUUAUCUGAAAAUCCAGCCCACUCGUCAACAGCAGUUACUAACAUUAUGAAGAUAAACUGCUCCGGGUCACUUAUGAAACUUGAACUUCAAGAAAUUCUACAACUGAAUACUUCUGGCAUCAAGACCACAUUUGUUUUCAUAAAUGAAAAUGGGGACUGUCCGGAGAGAUUUUUUAAUAGCAAAUGUGAGAGGACAUGGAUACCAAACAAUGAGUCAUCUGAGCAGCCACCACAAAAUGUAACCAAUCCCAAUGGAAAUCAAGACACAAGUUACAGAUUUACUUUAGGCAGUAUGAAUGAGCCAACAGAGGCACAUUGUGAUUCAAAAUCUGUCAGUCCAACCAAAAUAUGGGACAAUCCAAACUACUCUCAAGGCUGCAGUGAUCACAAACAACUAAUGUUGGGAACUCAUCCACUGUUAAAUAUCAAACCUCAAGAGAACAGAAACCAUUUUCGUAAAAGAGUCAGUACUGAUCAGUUCUGGGACAUUCCUCCACCUCGAGAGUUUGCAGACAUCAAAUAUAACACUAUAGAGGAUCUAACGAGUGACCUGGCUUCCUGUAGAAUUGGUGCUUGUAGUCCUACUGGUAAACAGCAAAGGGAAUUUCAUCCGACACAUAAUAUAAACCAUAAUGAAGAAUCUGGAUGCCCAUUUCCUGUAGAGGCAGAGGAAACAGCCGAUCUGUCACCUUCAUUUGAUCAAUUAUCAGAAUCUGACAGCUAUGAGCCCAUGCUCAUGAUACCCUCCUUGUCUACUAACAGGUCCAGCUUCACCAAAGAUUUCAUCAACUACCAAAAGAGGAAAUCUUGGAUUAGAAACAAUAGCAUUGGCACUGUAGAACACAGAGCAUGUUUGUUACCAAAGAAAAGACGCCAAACAUUUCCUGGGAUGUCAAUGAGUCUAGGAUUAAUGCAAGAGGAUCUUCUGCUGCCCUAUAGUGAGUCGUUUUCUUCUUUGAUCAUGUGCUCGCAUCCUUUCCAAACUGACAGACUGGGAAAUAUUCAACAGGGCAAUGACCGGUUUUCUGCAUUUGGAAUAGGAAAUUACAAUUCUUCACAAAGCAAGGGGAGCUCUAAACCUGUCUCAGAAGUCCCAAACAUCUGUGAUGGAAAGCAAUCAUUGCUCAGUCCAUCCUAUAUAACCAGCACUGAGGAUAAUCCUGAUGAUGUGUUCUCUGUCAUUGAACAAUGUCGAAGACGAAGCAGCAUCAGACAUCAUCGUAAAGAUCUCAGACAACUAGACAUAGACUUAAAACAGAAUGUUUGUAAGGACAUGGAAAGUUUGGACACUGAUGAUGGAUAUAAAGUUGAUCAAAUUGAAGUAGCAGACAGUGGAUUUGACCAAGAAAUAGGGGAAGCAGAAUAUCACAGUCCAGAGCCCCUUACAGAGGGGCUCUGUCGAAGAGCCCUCUCUAUACAAGUCAUUCCUCCAUCUUGCAGUGGCUCAGAGGAGCAAAUGAUACAGAGCCAUCCUGUAAUAUUAUUCAAGAACAAUAUGGUUGAAAAUGCAAGCCAAGAGGAUUCAGUCUCAGUUUUCCCCGAACAUAGUAAGUCCUGUUUGAAAAAACCCGGCAUGUCCCCUUUGCAGGACAUGAAUGCUCAUUCAUUAAACAAAAAUGAAAUUACAGAAGAGACUGAAACUAAACCAUCUGGUGAAAAAACAGGAAAUACCAGCCAUUCUCCGUCACUGAUUGAGGAUUCUAACAAACCUGCAGUCACUGCAUCACGUCCUGCCAAAGAUUCUACAGACACAGAAAUCCACUCAAAAGACAGUAAAACUGACAAGGCAGAUAAACUGAUUGUAUCCAGAUCUUCCUUAGAUGCCAAAGAGCACCUGAAGCCUGUGGUUCAUAAAGAUGCAGACACCAGUGGCUCUGACCACUGGGCCAAGAGGCGAAAGCUCUUCAAGGAGAGCAAGCAGUGGAGCUCUGCUGGAGGAAGCUCAAUUACCAGUGACAUUACAGAGGAAUCAGUAUCGGAGGAUACUCGCUCUAUGGAUAUGACAGUUCGAGACAAUGAAGACAGGGGCUUUUAUACUGAGACUUUCCACUCUUCAGCAUGGAUUUACCAAGGAGAUGAUAUAGACUUAGGGACUAUUCCUCCCAGCCUCAACGCCCGAAAUCGAGCUGUCUCAAUUCGCGAGAGGACUGUCAGGAUCAGCAAAGGGACAGGAGAAUAUCCUUGGGGCCUUCGAAUACAGUUUUCUAAACCCAUUGUGGUUACAGAGGUUGACACAAAUGGGGCUGCUGAGGAAGCAGGCCUGAUGGUGGGCGACUAUGUCCUAGCUGUCAAUGGAACUGAUGUCACCAGCAUUCCUCAUUCUGAAGCUGCCAAUUUGGCCAGGCAAGGUCCAGAUGUUCUAACGUUAACCAUUGGGUCAGACAUUGCUCGCAGUCCUAAUACCCCCAGACCAGCAUGUCGUGGUUAUCUUCACAAGCGUACCCAGUCUGGUCUGAUUAAAGGCUGGAGGAAGAGGUGGUUUGUACUCACACAUGACUGCUGCCUUUACUACUACAGACACAAACGGGACGAAGGCAAGAGGCAGGCUUUGUCAGCAGUUAAGCUGGAAGGGGCUGAGGUAGGACCAGAUGUUUCCCUGGGAAAACCCUUUGUGUUUAAGUGUCGCCCUCAGUCUGGAAAUCGAAUGUACUUCUUCUGUGCCACUUCCAACCAAGAGAUGAAAAGGUGGCUAGAAGCUAUGGGGAAAGCUAUUCAUCCCAUCACACAGAACCACGUGUGGGUAGAUGUCAUCAGACACAACUCUAAUCUGCCCCCGCUAGCUGUGAAAAACCCAGAGUGUCUCGGAUUGCUUCAUAAAAUGGACAAAUGCAAGGACAUGUGGGUACAACACUACUGCAUUCUGAAGGAUGCUUGCCUUUCCUUGUACAGUGGUAUCCGCGCAACUCAUGCACACGGUGGGAUCUACCUUCAGGGGUACAUAGUCCGAGAGCAGCCCUAUGGAACAAAGAAAUCCGCCAUUGAGCUGAAACCUCCGUCUGAUGAGUUCAAGACUUUUUACUUCUGUGCUGAAAAUCCAAAUGAGAACAAACGAUGGAUCAUGGCUAUCCAAGCUUCAAUAAAGAAGUGGUUGCCUUUACAUCAGGCCCUUCAGGACUACAUGAAUCGACCACCAGAGGAGACCAGAAUGUGAGACAGUGUACUCUGUAAAUACUGACAGCAGGCUGACACCCUGUGGACCACUGGAGGAACCUCCUCAGUAAAAUCCUGCUGCUAGUGAGAAUUAGGCCAGUGUUAGAAGUACCUUCAAACAUACAGCUCAGGAGAGAAAUGGUAAACUCCACAUUUCUAAAUGCAAAUGUGAGGGACAGGAACAAAAACUGAAAAACAUGUGUUUAUAUUAAUUUUUAUAUUUCCCUUUUGAAUUUUCCUACAUUGUUUUCUACAAUUGCAAUUUUUAAUUUAAGCUUUUGCAUUGAAUUUUCAGUUGGGGUAUUUCCAUUUAACUCCUUCGAUCAAAUAUAAUUAAUCACUGUUUCUUCUUAUUUUUCAAUGUUUUGUUUUGUUUCAUAAAUUAUCCUUCACUCUAUGCAUUCCUAUGUACAGCAGGAUCUACUAGCACUUUACCUAAGCAGUUGGAUGGUCAGGACUGUUUAGGACUUUUGCACUGUGCCAUAAGGCUUUCAAAAUAAGAUUCAGAAAUUCUUCAAGCUUCAUUGUGCUCACUGCUGCAUGUAUUCCAUUCCUUUAUAAAAUUCUGAGAUUGAGACUAACAACAAUGAAAAUACUGAAGAUGUCGACUAUAUCAGCUUGUUCACUUACAACCCUGUCUCCUAGAAAUUACGUUUGUAUAUUUGUAUUUCUAUAACAUUUUGUUAUAAUUUGGUGAUUGUUGGGAGUUCAGAGACAAUGUGUUUUGAAACAAUGCACUUAUAUAAUGCUGUGGAGUUGCAAGCAGUUGGAUAGUGGGUGCAGGACUGUCACAUCAGUCCAGGGUUCACGUCCACAUACAACAAGCACUUUGGUUGAGGUCAGAGAAAGAUUGUGAUUUUUUUGUUAGGUUUAGACAACAAAAACACUUUUGGUUUAAGUCAGGGAAAGGCAACCAAAGCAUGCUGCUGACUUUUGAAUAAAGACAUUAUUCAAAAUGUCAACAUUUUUGCAAUGAGCAUUACAUUUCCUUAGAAAUGUAUUUGCUGUCAAAAUUAAUUGUAUAUAAAGGUAAAAUUGAGGAGGCAGUACUGUCACUGAUGUCAUCACCCAUGUUGGUCUUUUUGUGAGUGUUUCAUAUAGGCUGUGUUGAUGAUGAUAUAACAAACCACCCUCUAAAGUAAUCUUCUUUAAUAUUCAUGUUCAGUAUAUUGUCACAGCCAGACACAUUAACUAAGAUGAAUUAACUAAGAAACAGGCCAUCAUCAAUUUUGUUAAUUUUAUAUUAUAUCUCCAAAAAGUUGACUUUCUGAUCAUUUACACUAAUAUGGACUGUAAUUGUGAGAAAAAUCUUUGGAGAGGUUUCAAGUUGUGAUACUGGCAUUUCUGUGCUUUUAUACUGAUUCUAUAUUAUUGUGUUUUUGUGCUACACUUUAAACUCACAUUUAGAUAAAUAAAUUUGCUCUCAGGCUUUUGAUACUGCUUUUACUCUCUACAAGUAGAUAGUAAGGCAUAAAUUAUAAUAAAAUAAUAAAAUUAAUUUGCUCAAUUCCUCA